UUUUUUGCUCUGCGGGCAGAAAGACUUAGCAAGUGUUAAACAAAUCUGUCCAGUUUGUCUGUCAAAUUUAUCGGUUUUAUCAUUUAGCUAUGGCAGAGAAUGAUACCUCUUCGACAUCUAGUUUAUUGGAAUUUUUUAUGUUGAUUGGUAAGCUGAAGCAUUUAAAAAGAACAGGUUGGGUUUUAAGAAAUAUUCCGGAAUGUGAAAGUAUUGCUGGACACAUGUAUCGCAUGAGUAUUAUGGCAUUCUUGUUACGUGAUGAGCUUGCACCUGCCUUAAACACAGACAGGUGCAUUAAAAUGGCUCUAGUACAUGACAUGGCUGAAUGCAUAGUUGGGGAUUUGACACCAUUCUGUGGCAUUAGUAAAGAAGAAAAGCAUAGGAAAGAAAUGGAAGCAAUGCAAAAAUUAUGUUCACUUGUUGGUGAAGAAAUAGGAAAGGAAUUCAUGCAUUUGUUUGAGGAAUAUGAAAAUCAAACUACAGCUGAGGCAAAGGCAGUUAAAGACUUAGAUAAAUUUGAUAUGAUUCUACAAGCUUAUGAGUAUGAGAAAGAAUCGACAGAAUCUCUUAGUCUACAAGGAUUUUUUGACAAUACUGAAGGUACCUUUAGAAAUCCAGCUGUUAUAAAAUGGGUUGAAGAAUUAAAAAGGCUACGAAGCAUGACUCUGCAUGAAACACAAGCAUUAAAAUCUGAUGAACAAGAAAAAUAAAUCACUGUGAUUCAAAUAUUUGAUGUAUUUAUGUUAAUUAAUGUAAGAAAAAAAUAAAUAUAUUCAUAUUUUAUAA